UCCCGGGUCGGCAGUGUCUCCGGUUCCGCGAUGGCGGAGGACGUGCAGGAGGCAGAAAUCCGCGAGGGAUCGGUUCUCCGGGUUUCGUGGAAGGCCGACGGGGGCCGAGAGUUGCGGCUGCAGAACCGAGGGAUCGGCCGCAUAGCCGUAAACGCGUUCGCCGAGGCGCCGUCCGACCUGGACUGCGUCGACCUGCGAGACAACGGGAUAGCCGAGUUGCCCUCGGGACUCUUCGUCGGGCUUUCGAGGGUCAGCACCUUGCUCUUGUCCCGUAACAAGAUCGGCCAGAUCGGCGGUGGCGCGUUGGCCGGAUUGGCGAACCUUCGGGAGCUGCGGCUCACCCGAAAUAAGAUAGAGGAACUUCCGGCUCGCUGUUUCGUCGGGACGCCGUUUCUGGCGAGCCUGAACCUAUCGCACAACGAGAUAUCCCAAGUGGACCCGGAGGCUUUCCGAGGCCUUGGAAGGCUGCGGGAACUUGAUCUGAGCAACAACAAUAUCUGCACCCUGCACGGUUCUGUCUUUGAGGACCUCGCGUCCCUCGAGUCCCUCAGGCUCUCGUGCAACGGGAUAUCCGAGGUGAACGCCGGGACCUUUGGGAACCUGCGAAGGCUGAGAGAGCUGGACCUGCAUCUGGUUAGGAUAACCGAGCUGAAGGAGCGCGUCUUUGGCAACCUUUCGAAACUCGUUAAGCUCACUCUGUCAUGGGGAAAGCUCGAUACCAUCGCGUCGGGAGCGUUUGAGGGGCUGGAAUGCCUCGAGGUUCUCGAGUUGAACAGGAAUCAAUUGACCUGCGUACCCGACGGGGUCUUUCGCCCACUGGUGAAAGUCAAGAAACUCGUUCUGUGCUACAACGACAUCGCCGACGUCGAGACGAACGCCUUUGAGCGACUGGAUAACCUGAGGGACCUUAAUUUGAGCAGGAAUCAAAUCGCUCAGCUCCCCGACGAGGUCUUCGUCGGUACUCGGUCUCUCACGCAUCUAAAUCUGUCAUGGAAUAAACUCUCCGAGGGUCUGAAUCCCGGGACUUUCAUUGGGCUGAAACACCUCGAGGAACUCGAUCUUAGCAGGAACGGUAUACACGGUGUUCAGAAGGGCCUCUUUUCCGAGCUUGGGUCUCUCGUUAAAUUGAUUCUAUCGAACAACGUCAUCGCCGAUAUCGCGCCGGGUGCUUUUCAGGGAUUGGCAAAACUCAACGAGCUCAAGCUCAACUGGAACUACCUCGUUAACAUACCUGAGGGAGCUUUCCUCGGUCUCGAUUCCCUCGCCGUUCUCAAUCUUUCCUACAACAAAAUAAGCCAGCUGGAUGCUGCUGUUUUCAAGGGUGUCGAACGGGUCAGGGAUCUGGACCUUUACAAAAAUAGACUUGAAGUAUUACCGGACGACGUCUCGAGGGUUCUCGUCUCCAUUGAAAAGCUCAAGAUAACUUGAUACCGAUACUCGAUACCCCGCGCGCAAGACUUUCAUUUUCACUACACGAGUUUAUUUUUCACCCCGAUCCCAUUGUUCGCGUAGAAGAUUAUAAGGAUUAGCAUCGACAGUUGAUUUGUGAGUUACCUUGCAGUUUCUUAAUCAGUGCUAUCGCUAUUAUUUUAACCGAUGACGGCACACUCUCCCCAAAUAGUGUUGCACGCAUACAUAUCUAGAGACAAUCGUAAAUCAUUAGUCAUAUAUAACAGAGUUAAGAAUAUCAAACGACGACAAGGUAAGAUAUGUUAUACAUCUACACUUGUACAGUUAUCUCUCGAUGUGCGAUAUCUUGAUAAAGAAAAAGACACGCAACGUGUCGCGAAAAUUUCAUUUAGCGAAUAGACGAACACUCAUGUACCUCUCUGCAUGUAUUAUACAUAUAAUCUUGCACAUUGUAAUAUAUUCUUCAACCCAAGCGUUUUGCAAAUAUAUAAAUCGGUGCCUGGCACCAAGAACAUCUUGUUCUCA